UUUUAAAAUGAAAAAGUUGGAAUAACAUAGUUUCAAACUAAUAGCGAUGUGUUGGCAUGCGUAUGUGCCACAUGGACAUAGAUAUGCCAUUCCUUUUCCUUUUUUCCAUUACCAUGCAACAUGUUUGCAGUGAAAUUCCAAGCAUCUUUUUCUUUCCCAACAGCUGUGUUUUUUUUUUCUGCUUGCUUUCCUUUUGUUAGGUUUAUUCUCAGCAGAAUUAUUGUUUUAAUAGCUUUAACCAUUCCUUCCAUUACACAGUUCUAUAUCAAAGCUAAAAUGAGGUUUCAAUCUCAAUUGCUGUCUCUGCAACUUUCUCGUACUUCAAGUUCCUUAGCCUUCUGAAGUACUGUCGAGAAAAACCAAAUUACACCCAUACAUAUCUGCUGCAAGUUUUUCCAACAUUUUCAUCUCUUCAUUUUAUUUUGAUAAACGUAUUUUGUGAAUGAUGAGAGGAGUAAGAUGAUCUCGAGUUCAAGGGAAGCAAAGCAAGAGGGUGAAACCAAUGACGGCAGCGGCGGAGGCAACAAGUUGUCGAAGGGGCCAUCAUCAUCAUCAAGUUCAAGGCAUUGGUCGUCAGCAGGGUUUAGAAACCCAAGGAUUGUGAGGGUUUCGCGUUCUUUCGGAGGCAAAGAUCGGCAUAGCAAAGUUUGCACAGUAAGGGGAUUAAGGGACCGGCGUAUUAGGCUUUCAGUGCCCACUGCAAUUCAAUUAUACGAUUUGCAAGAGAGGCUAGGCGUUGGUCAGCCUAGCAAGGUGGUUGAUUGGUUACUUGAAGCUACUAAAGAUGAUAUUGACAAACUCCCUCCACUUCAAAUGCCUCUGGGAUUUAAUAAUCAGUUUCAUCAGCCUUUUUUAGUUCCUCAUGAACCCAAUCCGUCUUUUCUCGAUCCUAACUCCAUGUUGAUGAAAGAUGGAGAAGAAGAAGAUCAAAGAAUGGCAGGUGACAGAGAUAAAGGAAAGUGGAUCAAAAUGAAUGAAGACGAAAAUCAUGGUGGAAAUAAUAACAAUAAUAAUAUUGAAGAUCAAAGGCUUUUCCCAUUAACCAACCAUUCCCCAUUUCCUGGAUUGUUAAACAAUGGCAUGCCUUUGAAUUCAUGUUACCAUUGGGAACCUUCCGGUCUGUCUUUGUCUCAGUUUGGAAACCAUGGAUUAAUGGCCCCCCAAACUGAGAACUUCUUCAAUGGUAACACAACGAGUGUGCCGUUGCCGUGUUCCACGACCGUUCCAUCGGCGACAAUGGCUUCAUUUUUCCCCACCUAUACUCCCUAUGGUACGAACCCAGGCAGCAAUGAUUCAAGACAAAUGAAUUAUCUGCAAUUGUUGAGCUCAAAUUUUCUUUCAAAUUCCAUGAAGCCUUUUUCGUUGAAUGUAAACGCUGGCCUCACUCAUACACAAAACGAUGAUGAAAAUCAUGGAGAUGAUCAAGAUAAUACCGAUUCCUGAUAAUGGAAAUUACUUCCAUUGCUUCAUCUGGUUUCAUCGAUGUCAGCACGAGCUUGGAUGAAUUUAACUGGUUUCAGAUCAUCAAAUUAGGAAAGAAUUACAAUAAGGGUCUCUAUGUUUACAUCUCUAAAUCUAUCUAUAUAUAUAUUUAUGAAGCAGGAGAAAAGGAGUAGUAACAGUGGGCUUCAAGUUCUUCAGGUGGAUUAGUUAAUUCCAUAUAUAAUGCAGCAGGUAAGAUGCUAGCUUAAUACUUGUGCCUUGUAGAGAGUUUUUAAUUCGGUAGCGUUAAUGGAAGUUUAUUUGUACUUUUAAAUGUUUUGCAGUAUAUAUAUAUGGCAUUGAUUCUUAUGUUUCUAA